CAGCAAACCUUAUUAGGUUCUCUUGUCACCUAUCUAUUUCUUACCGUCUCAACGGCCAGCAGUUCCUAGCCAGCAACUAGCCCAGCUACACGUUAACCACUUUUACUUGAUCAUAAUAUCUGCUAAUCGGUUUCGAUAAUGUUCAAGCCUACCUUCAUUGCGUUCCUUGCAUUCCUUGCCCUCAUUAUGGCGGCAAUGGCUGCUCCGGCGACGAAUGUGAAUGCUGCUGUUACCAAAAACGGCGCGGCCGUCGCUGCUGCUCCUGUUCACGCUGCUGCUCCUGUUCACGCUGCCGCCCCUGCUCAUGUUGCCGCUCCUGCCCACGCUGCUGCAGUGCCAGUUCCUGCUGCGGCCCACGAGACCAAGGGUGCCAGCAAGAACUUUUGCGAUGGUGCCUGGCAGCACGACUCCUGCUGCUGCUAUCCCGGUCCUUGCUGCCAUCAUGAGUGCUGCUGCCAUGAGCCGUGCUGCUGCCACCACGAGUGCUGCUGCCAUGAACCGUGCUGCUGCCACCACGAGUGCUGCUGCCACGAGCCAUGCUGCUGCCAUCAUGAGUGCUGCUGCCAUGAGCCGUGCUGCCACCACGAUUGCUGCUGCCAUGAACCGUGCUGCUGCCACCACGAGUGCUGCUGCCAUGAGCCGUGCUGCCACCACGACUGCUGCUGCCACCACGACUGCUGCUGCCAUGAUCCUUGCUGCCAUCACGAUUGCUGCUGCCACCACGACUGCUGCUGCCACCAUGACUGCUGCGGUCCGGCUUGCUACCACAUCAAGCGCACUGCUAUCUACAAGAACGGCUGCCUCCAGCACGUCUGGUGCGACUCGUGCUGCAACAGCAACGUUUGUUCCUAAGUUACCUCAACUACUUAUCAGAUUGAUACCAAUCAACUAAUCAUUACUCUAAAGCACUCCCAAUGCUCCUUUCCUAAUUACCUAACACUCAGGUAGAACCUUUGUGGUUUAUUCAUAUAGAGGUCAAUCUGCUAGUUAGCUUUUAGUCGACAAAUAUCAAUAAAAA